AUGGCUGAAGAACUAGAGAUCUAUAUCGUGUCUUUUGAUAGACCAGGUUAUGGGGAAAGUGACCCGGAUCCAAAGCGUACCUUAAGUAGUAUAGCCCUGGAUAUAGAAGAGCUUGCUGAUCAGUUAGAUCUUGGAUCCAAAUUUUAUGUAAUUGGAUUUUCAAUGGGAGGACAGCUGAUCUGGGGAUGUCAGAAGUACAUCCCUCACAGGCUGGCAGGAGCAGCAUUAAUUGUUCCUGCUGUCAAUUACUGGUGGCCUGGGUUUCCUUCAAAUAUAUUUGCAGAAGCCUACUAUGAGCAAUUUCCACAAGACCAGUGGACUUUACGAGUCGCUCACUACACCCCUUGGCUCACCUACUGGUGGAACACCCAGAAAUGGUUUCCUGCCUCAAGCCUUAUUGCCCAAACGGCUAAGUAUUCUAGCCAAGAUUUAAAACUUAUACCCAAGCUUAGGGGGAGCCAAUAUGACAAGGCAUACGUGACACAACAAGGAGAAUUUGAGUCAUUUCAUCGGGACCUGAUGGUUGGAUUUGGGAGUUGGGAAUUCAAUCCUAUGGAUCUUAAGAAUCCUUUCCGUGAUGGUGAAGGCUCUGUUCAUUUGUGGCAAGGCGAUGAAGAUGGGCUUGUGCCUGUUACACUGCAGCGCUACAUUGUUGAAAAGCUUCCAUGGAUACACUACCAUGAAUUGCCAGGCGCCGGACAUCUGUUUCCAUAUACUGAUGGUAUGAGCGAGGCCAUCUUAAAGGCACUUCUACUAGGGGAGUAG